GAAGGCAGUGCAGCUGAAGAAGAAGGCAGCGUAGCCAUCGAUGAAGGAGACAUUCUUAGCGAGAUGCAAGAAAAGACCACUAAAAGUGAAAACACUAAUGAAGGGUGGCGAGAUUAUGCUAGAACUCGUUUAGCCAAUGACGCUAAGGCAGCGAAGAAGGGUGGCGAGAGGCAGUUCAAUGUUUUAAUCGACGUUUACAAGAAGACAUACGCAUCAGACGACAUUGCUGGGUUAUACUGUGGGUUCCCUCUUUCAGCUGCCGGUAUUUUUGUUUAUCGUGGUCUGUAUUUCGGAAUGUAUGACUCUCUCAAACCAAUUCUCCUCACCGGAUCAUUGCAGGAUAAUUUCUUUGCUAGCUUUGCGCUUGGUUGGUUGAUCACAAACGGAGCUGGUCUAGCCUCAUACCCGAUUGACAAAGUGCGAAGAAGAAUGAUGAUGACAUCUGGGGAAGCCGUCAAGUACAAGAACACAUUUGACGCGUUCAACCAAAUCGUGAAAAAGGAGGGUGUCAACUCAUUGUUCAAGGGUGGAGGUGCUAACAUCCUCCGAGCUGUGGCUGGUGCAGGUGUGCUUGCUGGUUGACAAUGGUCAAGAUCCAACUCUUGAUUCUCUUGUUAAGUUGACAAACCUUUUGAUUAUUUAUGAUUUUACUGCCUUGUAGUUUACAUUUGUUUCAUGUAUUAAUCAAAUUGGCACUUUGUUUCAUGUAUUAAUCAAUGGUGACGUUUGUGA